GCGUUGCGGUCAGUGAUCAGUCAAGAAUAGGAAGCGUUGUGAAACGUUUGGUGACCUGUCGGCAAUUGAGUUGAAGUGUUGAUAGCAAAAGAAAAAAGAAAGAAAAGUCAUAAAACAAAGUGAAUAACAACAGCAAGAAGACAUAAAAAGUCACUGUUUGAAAGUGUGUUUAUUUUUAUCUAUAAUUCCAAUAUGGAUAGAUUUUUAUUACAACUAGUGGCGUUGGCUGUUAUGUUAACACUCCUGCCAAGUGUGUUACACGCAAACCAGCCGGUUAUCACUCAUAUUUCAAAAGAUGUUGUAGCUAGCGUAGGUGAAGAUGUACAGUUUAACUGCACUGUUGAGAACGUCGGUCGGAUGUCCGUUAGCUGGGCCAAGCGGUCCGUUGUUUUGUCUAUGCGGAAUAUUCUCAGCCUGAGCGAUCCGCGUUAUACGAUCACCGAGACACGAGACGAUAAAGCUGGCAAUGCUACGUAUUCUCUGAAGAUAACGAAAAUCGAGGCAAGUGAUAUGGGCCCAUAUGAGUGUCAAGUUAUUGUGUCCGCAGCUGAUAAGAUCACAAAGACAGUGAACUUGUCCAUUAAGCAUCCACCCAUCAUAUCAGAGGAACGUACACCAAAGUCCAAACUGGUUACCGAAGGACAGAAUUUAGAAGUAAGCUGCUUUGCAGCUGGUUUCCCACAACCCACAAUAUGGUGGAAACGUGAAGAUAAUGCCAUCAUGCCGGCUGGUGGGCAAACGCUUGCCGGACCAACUUUGCGCAUCAGAGAGGUACAUCGACUGGAUCGUGGCACUUACUAUUGUGUCGCUGACAAUGGUGUAGGACAACCCGAUGAGCGAAAGGUGCUUAUUGAGGUAGAAUUUCGGCCACAGAUCGCUGUAUUACGCCCUAAGGUGGCACAAGUAUUGGGGCACAAUGCUGAAUUGGAAUGCAGUGUUCAAGGAUACCCCGCACCCGCUGUUUUCUGGUUCCGUAAUGGUACUAAAAUAUAUUCCGAAUCACAAAUACAAGUCUCGACUACCGCUUCGUCAUAUGAAACAACAACAUCCGUAUUACGCAUAACAAAUAUUUCCGAAAUGGACUAUGGUGAUUACUACUGCAACGCCAGCAACAAAUUAGGAUAUGCCGAUGCGCGUCUGCAUUUAUUCCAACCAGUGAUUCCAGUGCCUUCCGCCUUUUGAGUUAAGUUUUAAUUGCAAGAUUUUUAUUUUCACUGACAAUGCGAGAAUUUGAAACCCACACUGGCGUGUGGAUAUGAGACCAGAAGUGCUGGGUAUAUUUUUAAACUUUUUAUGUAUUAUGCGGAUUUGACUGGCGAAUUAUUCACAAAACCCUGUGUUUUUUCUCUUCGUUCGUUUUUGACAAUUUCUUUUGUUAAUUCUUUUAUUCAAUUAAAUUUGAUUGACUCAAACAAAUAA